AUGCACAAGGACGACCUACAUUUGUUGGUCCGGCACCUCGGGUACAUCGUGCUCUCGCCAGCAGUCGUGUCGGAUCUAGCGACCGAGAUCACCCCAUACAGCGACCUUGACUUUGACGACGUAGUCCGUUUCGUCGAGAAGUACGCCCGCCAGGAGUGCGCCAGUUUCCGCGAGAUCUUUGACACAUACGACAGAGACAAAAGCGGAGCCAUCUCGACUCUAGAGCUUAGGUCCCUCAUGGCAGACUUGGGCUUUAACCCUUCAAAACGGCUCGUCUCUGAGGCUUCCCGGCAUCUUGGACACACGGAGGACGGCGAAUUGACGUUCCGUGAGUUGUUACAUUUCUUCACCGUUUACCGGCACACGUAUGGCUUCUGCAAGUCCGAGAUCAGGGAGUUGAGGGACACUUUCGAAUCGUUCAUUGAGGAGCGAAACGACAGUUCUGGCAUGCCACUCCUUUCGGUUGCGAGGGCUCUGGUCCAGGCGUUCGGGCUGCAGUUCGAGGAGACGGCGGUCACGAUCACCAACCACGUGCUGACGAGGAGCACUGAGGGCGACACACACGAGGACGUACUAAGGACGAGGAGCACUGAGGACGAACUCGUCAACUUCGAAGAGUUCCUCGCCUUUGCCCGUGCGCUGAGGGAGGCGGAGCAAGAGCAGUACCGCAAAGAGUUCGUGAAGCACGACGCAAACAACAGCGGGCACAUCGAGAUGGAGGAGCUCCAGGACUGCCUGCGCAACCUCGGCCACGAGCCCACGCGCGGGGUCAUCGUGGAGGUUCUCAAGGAGGUCGACUUCGAGGAGGACGGGACGCUCGAUAUGGAGGAAUUUUACAACUUCAUGCUUGUGUUCCGCGACAGGGAGGGCUUCCAGAACGCGGAGCUGGUCGAGAUGCGCCAGGUGUUCUGCAAGUUCGACGAGGACCAGAGCGAGAGCAUAUCGGUCCACGAGCUGGGGGCGAUGCUGCGCUACAUGGGCCACAGCGUGACCAUGGGCGACCUCCACAUGCUCAUCGGCCAGGUCGACGUGGACCGGAGCGGGGAUCUGGACUUCCGCGAGUUCCUCCGUCUCAUGAGGCUCCACAGGAAGGGGGAGCUCCACCGCCUCCGCCAGAUCUUCGAGAAGAGCGCCUCCAAGGACGCCCCGAAGGGCAGCCUGGCCCGCUCGAGGCUGCCGGGCGCGCUGGGCGACGCGAUGGGCAGCCUGCCCCUGGUGCUGCUCCAGGCGCUGCCGCUGCUCCUGACCCAGGCGGCGGAGAGGUGCCAGAACCUGCGGCAGCUGGUGCGGGGGGCGUCCUGCGCCGAGCCGAAGCGCUUCACGCUGCGAGGCGGCACCUGCCCUGUGCCGGCCGACCUGACCUCGCUCGAGGAGCUCCGGGAGCGCUUGGACCUCCCGGAGUCUCGCCGUGCGAGCCACGUCCGCACCUCGCUCCUCGCCUCUGUCUCCGAGCAGAUGCACACGCAGGGGCAGGCCCCGCUGAAGGACAUCAGAAGCCUGGGCAGGGGGGACGUCGUGCAGGUGGUGAGUGACGCCAACGCGGUCAAGUCGGCGUGCACGAAGGCCGUUCUCUCGGACGGAGACAACGUGGCCCGAGGUGCAGCGGCGGGCUCCGUGGUGUACGUGGUCGAGGUGGACGAAGAUGUCGGGGUCGUCCGGUGCCGCUCCGAGCUGCACGGGGACAUGUGGUUCCCGCUCGACGCGCUUUGCUCGACGAAGGCGUCCGAGCGAAUCGCUGAAGCCUUCGCGGACUCCCUGCCGGCCUUGCAGUCAUGUGGUACCGACGGGGUCGAUUUCGACGCCUUCGUCGAGCUCGCGGACCUGCUCAGGACCGUCCGCAACGUCUGGGACCGGCUGAAGGCAGGGUUUUCCGACAGCGAGAUCAGACGUUGCCAAGCUGUCUUCUCGAUGUACGACGUAGAUGGCAGUGGCGACAUCGACGAUAAAGAGUUGAUGAAGUUGCUGAGACACGUGGGCAUCGAGUUGAAGACGAAGGAGAGCCAGGCGGCGGUCAUGACGCGCCUGGAAAAGGCACAGAAGCUCACCAAGGAAGCAGGCGUGGAGGCUGCAUGCGGGCCGAACGUCCACUCCUUUUGGGAAUUCGUCCAGUUUCUAAGGAUGGAGAAGACAACCAGAGAGCGCGCCUAUGAGGAGAGGGUCUUGAAGACUUCGUCGCAACUGAACUUCUUGCCCAUCGAGAUCGUGCAGUUCCGUGAAGCCUUCAUUCAGUGGGCCAGACACGAAAAGGAUUUGGACCACAUGCCAGUUGGGAUCGAUGCCAUGCCUGGGAUGCAGGCGUGGGGAGUCGAGGAUGUCCUCGGUGACGGAUUUCAGGAAGGCUUGUCCAUGUAUUCUCUCAUCAAAUUGCUUCAGAGUUUGGGCUGCACGGUGCAGACUAAGGAUGAGCCCACGCUUGCAGCGAGAAUAGAGUCCAUGAGCACAAACGCCAGGGGGCAGCUUAAUUUCGUCGGCUUCCUGCAGAUGAUGCGGUGGCUGCUGGAUUCGAACUUUGGAGGGGUGAACAAGGCUGUCGCAAGCAAAAAAGACAAGGAGAAAAACAGUGCCCGGCCCUGGUAA